GCUUUCUGCUGUUGCAUUAGUGUUUGUAUGUAAAAGGUGCCUCAACCUCAACCAACCCCAUCUAUUCCCCCCCAUCUCUCUCCCUGUUUCUGCUAAGCGUAAAGUCUGAACCGAAUCUGAGAUCCGCCAUGGCUGCUUCUGCAUCUGCCAAUUUCUGUCACAAACCAUGGAAUCCCUCCCUCGAUACCCCUCCGAGAAUUUCUGUGACGCCUGAUCAGCUCGCUCGCUGCACUGAAGCGAUGGCUAGCUUUAGGCAGAAAACGCCGGAGAUGAUCCGUCAAGAGUACGAUCACUUGAAGGCCAGUUUGGAUCUAAUAGAAGAAAAGGAGCUGGCCGGAAGAUGCACUGUUGCUCUAAAUGACGCCAAUUUAAAAAAAAAUCGGUAUCCGGAAAAUAUCCUGCCAUUUGACGAGAACAGGGUUGUUCUGGAAUCAAGUACAGAUGCCAGACCCAUGGCCAUGGGAUUUAUCAAUGCAAGCUUUCUCUCGAUAGCUCCCUCUGAAAGUGUUUCUCAGUUUAUAGCCACGCAAGGUCCACUACAACAUACUUGUGAGGAUUUCUGGGAAAUGGUAAUCCAAUUCCACUGCCCCGUCAUUGUGAAUCUCACUCGGCUCUUUGAGUAUGAAAAGAAAACAGGCAAGGACAAGGAGAAAUGUUUCGAUUAUUUUCAAGCUGAGGAGGGACCUAAAACGUUUGGUAAUAUCUCUAUUGUUUGUGAAUGGAUGAAAACUACAAAAGAAUCAUUGGUACUGCGCUAUUUGAAGGUCCAAAGAAAGGAAGAUCCGCCCUUAUAUGUUUUGCACAUCCAUUAUCCUGACUGGCCUGACCAUGGAGUUCCCGAAGAAACAAAUGCUGUGCGUGCAAUUUUUAAGAGAUUGUACUGUUUACCACCAAAAUGUGGCCCAAUAGUUGUGCACUGCAGUGCAGGCAUUGGCAGAACUGGAACAUACUGUGCAGUUCACAAUACAAUUCAGAGAAUCCUUGCCGGCUAUAAGUCUGCCUGGGAUCUUCAUAAUACCAUAUGUGUCUUCAGGUCACAGCGAUAUGCAAUGGCUCGCGAAAAGGAUCAGUACUUUUUCUGCUACAAAGCUAUUGCAGAGGAACUGAAAGACCUUGUUUCUCAUCAGCAAUGAGGUGGGUGUGUUGGCCUGGAAAGUCCUUUAUUGCAACAAAUUUUCCCCCAGUUUUCUUCAUCCAUUAGCAUGAUAAAUUGCAGUCACAUUUGAUGUAAACAUUUGAACUAGACUUGGUAAUAUGGAUCAACCUGUAAGCUGGCCCGCAAUGGAUUGUGAGCUUGGUAGGGCGGGUUGAUAUAACUCAUAUCUCGUGCGGGCUGUAUUUUUGCCAACUCGAAGUGGGUUGGUAGGUUAGGCCGGUAAUUUUUUAUAUGCAUUUUUUAAUUUUAAAAAUUACAAAUUUAUCAUAAUGUCAAAAACUUUAUUUAUCAUUAA